CAGCUAAAAAUAACUGGGGUUUUCGCGCUCGCGUCUCACUCGCUACCGCCGGACCGCGUUUUCACUCACUACACUAUUUCUGUCUUAUAGGAAAGCAAUAAGAUAUUCAUUUUUGCAAAAAAAUGCCAGUGGAAGUUUCGUUGUUAGACAAUGAGAAAAGUGCGUAAAAGAAGUCCAAAGUCGCUUCGCGACAGUGAUUUAAAUGUUUGAGUGACUACAAAAUCUUAUGCUUGAACAUCGACUUAUCUACGAGAAUGGCGCUUGUAAUGCUUCCAUGUGAACUCCCAUGGUGGACCUCGGUGCAACGUCACCUAAAGCAUCUCUUACUGGCAUCUUCACCAGCAAAACUUACUGCUAGCAUGCUCAAAAUACAUGAUAUGUGCAAUAUCGGCAUAGACCCAGACGACGAUGUCAGAGACCCGGAUCUGCUGAAGGGCCUCGAGCAGUUCUUCGAAGAAGAGAUGACGGAAGAGGAACGCAGACAUUUCCUUGACAAUACUAUUAGGAUUAUGGUGAACAGAGCGCUGCAUCUAAAAAGAUGGCGCCCGCCUAAAGGGCUCAUGUUUAGUUUACAGCAACAAAGUGACGUAACAGAACUGGAUUAUAAUUUCGUGUCGUCGCUCAUAGCUCACGCAUUCUUCUCCACUUUCCCGAAAAGGACGCUCAAAACGCAUCCAACUUUACAAGACUUUAAUUUUACACAUUUUUUUAAGAAUUUACAUAGAAAAUCACAAAGGAACAAGUUAAAAAGCUUACUCCAUUACUUCGAGUGGUUAGAUAAGAAUAGUAAUGAAGGCUCUAUCAAAAUAAGCAGACAGGUAAUGACAUCAAAGCAGUGGUUGACGAUAGAAGACUGGCUGGAGUGCACGCUGCCGCUGUGCAAGCUGCUGGUGCGUCACGAGGGCUGCCCGGAGCGCUGCGAGAACGACGACGCCAUCAGGAUAUGCUUCGCGUCCAGCAGGAUCGGGGGGAACGUGCUCAUCGAUGGAGAAACACAGGAAUCCUUAUCAAUGUUUAUGAUGCCCGAGUUGCUGUCGACAAUGUUGUCCGUGGAAGCGUUAGAAGAUAACGAGGUGCUAAAAGUAGAGAACGUUAGAAUGUUUAGUAGGAUAUACGAUAAGAAACAAAAGACUAAUGUGGAAAUACUCGAAGAACCUAAAACGGUAACAGUAUGUCUAAUGGAUGCGGAAGACUACAACGCACUACCACUGGGACAGUGGGAGGAAGACAAUGUACUGCGAGAAUUGAACAAGUGUCUGCUCGCGUUCCAACAGACGCCCAUGAAGAGCAAAGAGAACGCGAGGCAUGAACGACGCUUAUCACCCAUUGGCGAGUCGUUCAGCCACACGCCGCCGGAGGUGGAGGCGACGGUGGUGGUGAAGCAGGCGUCCUCGUGCAGCACCAUCAACAGCUGCCACAGCCGCAGCCCCUCGCCGCACAACUACUGCGCCGCCACCCUCAACCUUAACGACCCUAGUGUAGAACUAUCGAAACGCAAGUGCUGGUUGUCUCCGGACGGGGGUACAUUGAACAACAGGCGCGGGAGGUUCAUAGUGCUUGGCUCAUCCGGCGAGUGCCUGCCGGUGACGCGAUCAGGCCAGGCCGACGCGCAGGAGGACAGCCUCUACUCCAGCUGCAACUCCAGCGACGACGAGUACCACAGCGCCAACGGCAGUUUCGACUACGGAAGCGAAGACGAAGGCAGAGGUGAAAGUGCGCGUCCCAAUUCAUUCCAAUACACUAAGGAGUUGUCCACGGAGGAGAGGCGGUUGUCGUUCGCGGACCGGCUGAGGGAGGCACUGAGGAGAGAGGCUGAGAACUCCUGCUCCACCAGCACUACUGGCGACUGGUCCACUGACAGCAGCAGUUAUGCAGUCGGGAUCAGCAUCUCUGGUGCUGGAGUCCAUGAUAAGGAUAUUAGGGUAAAACGCGGAGGUUCCGUCGGCUUCGUGUUAACUGACAGUCAGGUUAUGGGUAAUGGCGAGUCCUCGCCGAGACACAGGCCGCUCGGCAAGAAGGAGACCGGAAACAGUUCCAAAUAUAGCUUCAGCACGGAAUAUACUUCUGAACUGGAGGAGGUGUACGAACAGUUCAACCAGUGGCUGAACGAUCCGAUCAUCGACGUCGACUCCACGGAACACAAGAACCGCGAGCUCGACUCCCGAGACAUGGCUGUUAUAAGGUUCGCGGGGUCGCUGCUGAAGCGCACGCUGAGCGAGUCGACGGCGCUGGGCGGCGGCGGCGCGCGCUCGGCGGAGGCGGCGGAGCUGUACGGGCGCGAGCGCGAGCGCGACAAGCCGCGCCGCCUCGCGCUCGCCGCGCGCUCGCUGUCGCUCGAGCUCGCGCGCCACCGCCACCGCCUCGCCGCGCAGCUGAAACGUAAAGUAAAAGAGUCUAUACCGGAGGAAAUACUAGAGAGCUCGCGCGAGCCAAGCGCUGACAACGGAGGGUCCACCGACACCGGCUCCACGCAGAGAGCCGAGCCGAGUGUCAGAAAGAAAAAACUAAACUGGGUCGUAAACAUGAUAGUCAGUACCCUAGAAGAGAAUAUUGAGUGCGAGCCGGUCACGAUUAAAAUAUCCAAACCAAAGUUAUCUCAGCUGGCCCACAAGAUAGUGUCGGGCGGGUCGUGCCGGCCCGUCGCCACCGGCAACUGGGGCUGCGGCCGGCGCCAGCGCGGACACGCGCAGCUCAAGCUGCUGCUGCAGUGGCUCGCCGCCAGCGUCGCCGGCCUGCCCGCGCUCAUCUACUACACCAGGGGCAACGAGACUCUGUUUAAGCUCGACACGCUGGUCCGCGUGCUGGUGGACCGGAAGUGGUCGGUGGGCCAGCUGGCGCGGGCGGUGCUGAAGUUCGCGCGACAGACGCUGCACGAGCCGCACGUCAUCCCCGACAACCACUCGCUGUUCGACGAACUCAUCGGCAUAGAGAAGAUCCCCGACGACACGUAACUAAGGCUCCGCUCUCGGAACUGAAGCUUCAAGGAUUUCAACGAAGCUUGCUACUUUUUGUUUAUAAAGACAAUUUCCCGCCAUAAGCAGUGUUUAUAUGUCGUAGGUGUAAUCGCCGCCUUAUAAUACGACUAGAUGCGAAAGGAGUUUUUGUACUUCCGUAUACAUGAGUAAGACAGACAAGAAAAUAACGAAAUCUGAAAGUAUUUUGUUUUCAUAUAACGCCAAUGUUUACCUCAGAAUAUAGCCUUAUGUUACACUUACAAGUUCGCCAAAAUACCAUGUUUUAAGUCAAUAACUAGCUUCAAGGUUAUGAAGCUAUCCGUACUGUAGUUUCUAGCCGUAUUGUAGAGCAGUAAGUCACCUGCCCGCGACAGUCCCCAGCCUCCCUCACAUGUACCACCACGAUGCAUUUAUCACCCAUCACGAAGCGGUGGUUCGAUUGUGUCUUAUUUUACAUAAUGUUUGUGGACUUUUAGAUACUUUUUACGACAUAGUUAAAUAGAAGCAAUAUUAGCGUUUGACUCGAUUAAUCUUUAAAAACAUAUUUUUAUACAAAACUAUCAAUUAAAGUACAACAAUGAUGUUUAAUUGUAAGUUUUAUGGAAACGUUGUUAACGAGUUAAAACAUAAUACGCCUAAGUGAUUUUUAAAUAUUAAAUAUUGUAAAUUAGGUAAGUAAUUUUACAUAAUGUAUGGAGGAGUGGUAAGUUAAGACUGUAUAUUACGUAAUACGAUAUCAACUUACAUUUUACCAAUCUUGAACAUUUUCUACUAUCACGAAUAUAUUCUAAUGAAACAUUCUUCGACACGUUUGUAAAUAUAAGACAAGUCCUUGUUUUUGCUUUAGUUUCAUUGCUUAUAAAAUGUAUUGUGGAGAGCGCCAUCUGCACUCUGAUGUCGAUAAUGCAUAGACUUUACCUGUCUUAAGUCUUCCAUAGCAUGAAUCUCAAUGUGUCCAAAGUUUGUUAAUUUUUAAUAAAUAUAGAAUUACCAAACGUGAGGAUGCGAAAUAAAAUUACUUAAUAUGA